AUGACGAAUCCUCCUCAGAAAACGACCUUCUUCUCCCGCCGCUACCCUCGGUGGCUCCAGCCGCGGCUGAAAUGGGGGAUGAGCUUCUUCCACGUCCGACCCCAAACCGUGGCGCGGGGCACCGCCGUCCCCCCCGCGCCGCCCGUCUUCCAGUUCAGCCCGCAGCACAAGGAUCACCUGCGGGAGCAGUACCUGCAGCGCGCGGCCGCCGAGCUGACCUUCGCGCCCGACGUGGUGGCGCAGCGCGGCGUGGCCAGCAUCCCCUACCAGCAGUGCCACUUCGGGCACCUGUACCACGCGCACCCAUUCCACGUCGGCCCGCCGCUCCGCGCCACGACUGGCCCCUGCCGAUGCCCCAGCCUGGGGAUGUCUGAGCACCCGGUUGUCGAGGGCGCCUCGGGGAGGCGCAUCGUCCCAGCCGUGCGGUCCCGGAGAGUGGCCAGAUACAAGAGGCUGCAGCGGAAAACCCGGCCCGAGGUCGUGCUGGCCCCACGGCCGCCAGACCCCAGCCCAUCUCUCGGCGCCACACUGCGCAGGCAGGAUUUCGAGGAUCCGAGCCUGGAGCAGCAGGAGAGCUGGAUGGCGCCCUCGGAGGGGAGCACCAAAUUCUGGGAGAACCUGGUGCUGGAGAAGCUGAACAAGCGCACCGCCCGCUGGAUCCUCAGCAAGCGCCCUCAGAAGGCCGGGGUCCCCACCAGCAAGUGGCAGAGUUUCCUGCGUCAUCAGUACGACUGGAGCCACAUCCGUGACGAGCUCACCUCUGAGAGUCAGCUGAAGCUCCUGGAACAGCUGGAGAAGGAAGAGAUGGCGGAAUUUGAGACCCCACCUCCCAGUCCGAUCGUCGUGGAGGAAAAGGAACCAGACAUGACGCUUUCUAUGUAUUACAGAUUGCCCAAAAUCUUGCCCCAAGAGCAGAGAGAUGAAAUUUUCGAGAAUAAGACAACUGAUGAAAUUAACCAACAGAGAGGCACCUUACACUUCUCAGACCAGAGCUAUUACCUACCAGUGACUCCCGGAGCUGGAAAGUUUUCUUUUGCCACAGACAACGCCUUUGAACAGGAGAUUUACUUAGAUAAAGUGAAGAUUAUCCAUCCAAUUGGUGCAAAGAGAAGCCAAAUACUCCUGGAAAACCGCAGUCUGUACAACAAACAAUUAUGUGAGAUCUUUCCUCAGUCCCCAUGUCGGUGGACUUUUGAGCAAGUCCCUGAAGCACCUUGUAAACCUGUGAAAGGAGCCAGGCGCUGGACCGGUCUGCCCAUCCGAGUCAAGGAGCUGCUGAAAAGUGGGGAGGCAGAUGCACUCACCAAGCCUAAGUUGCAGGAUCUAUGCCAACUGCUGAAGGAGCAUAUGAGCUGGAAACGCGAGACUAUGCGGAAAAUACUGCAGGAAUGGAUAACUGACUGGGCUCUGAUCAUUGAGUGGCGCCAUGAGAAAAUAAAGAGCUUGCAGAGGAGACUGGCGGAUUUACACAGUAGCGUUCGGGUCCACGCCAUCAUCACAUGCGCCAUGGCGGCCUUAGAACGGCCCCGGGAUAAUAUCUGCCAGGAGCACUCAGCCAGGAAGGAGACGAAAGCUUUACCUCGCCAGGAUUUGCCAGAGGUUCUAUAUCCUGCCCUGGAAGCUACUCUCAGUGAUACGAAUGUCAAUGUGCAGUUAGCAGCAGCAUUAUGCCAGUGUGCCAUACGGUCGCAUAACCCCCUUGCCCAGGAUAUUAUGCAGACAGCCGUUCUGAAAGGUAACAGUGUGAACAGUUGGGCUGCGGCUCAGUGCUUGGCUCUGGAAGGUGUUGCCACAUACCCAGUGAUUAAGCGGAUCCUCUAUCAGCUGUUUAACAAGAAGGACAAGAACAUCGAGCAGCAUUCAUGUUUGCUACUGCGCUAUCUCAAUAAGAAGACAACACUGAUCAACACCUUGCUGGCCAUAGAGCUGAACAGUGGUAACUGGAAGGACCGGGUUGUGGCCUGCCGAGUUCUCGCCCAGAUUAAUAAAGAUGUCAGUUUGGAUAUCAAACAUAAGCUUAUCCAUCUAAUGUGGAGUGACUGGAAUAAGGAGGUGAGACAAACAGCUGCUCAUGCUCUGGGACAAAUGAAGCUUGGUAAGGAAGUACAUGACGCAAUCAGAGUGAAGCUGAGUCAAGGCACUCCCCAAGACCGUGUGAAAGCCCUCACCCUGAUUGGCAGGCUCAAGCUCAUGACCGCCAAGCUUCUCCCACACUUCCUAAACUGCUUCUCUGAUGAGUACGUGGCAGUUCGGCAGGCAGCCUGUUUGGCAGCUGGUGCCCUGCAGAUCCACGAUCAGAUGGUUCGUACAUGCCUUCUGAAUCUGAUAGAGAGAGACCCUUACUGGAAAAUCAAAGCCUUUGCCAUUCAAGCAAUGGUAAAGAUUGGUCAAGUGAGUCCCCAGCUGACAGACCUCCUGCUCUGGGCUAUGCACUAUGAAUCGCCACCAGGUGUACGACUGGAAGCCUGCCGUAGCAUCAUAGCCCUCAAAAUUCAGGGGAAUGAGGUCAGGGAUACCUUCCUACAUGUGCUUCUGCUAGAGGAACAUGAUGCUAUUGUAAAAGAAAUUCAUAAGGCAAUGAAGGUGCUCAAGUUAGAAAAUGAUGAAAACCAAGAAAUGAUUCAGAACAUCAAGAACAGGAUUCAAGCACUAAGCCAAAAAGACUUGUUGACAGAGAAAAUAGUCAAGAUUGAAGCAGCCAUAAAAAGAGUGAAAGGAGAAGCAACACGUGUUUACUUCCCACCCAGCGCAGGCCAAGAACCACAGAAAUUCCAAACUUUUCUCCAAAACACUCUUCAGGGCGAAGCCUUAUUUCCUAGAAGACCAACGGAGACUUCUUGCAAGAUCGAAGCAGUCAUAAAGGUAAAUGUAAGCACACUGAUAGUAAUCAAGUAAGAACAAGAAUUUUUGCCUCCCCCAAAAUGUG